AUGAGCUUAGAGACAAUUGCAGCAAAGUCCAAGACCCCCGCUCACGAUAAUCAAGGAGGCCGCACACCUCACGUCUAUUUUGUUCGCCAUGGGGAGAAGCCGCGCGAUGACUCGGACUCUGAGCUGUCUGCCUUGGGCGUCAGGCGCUCUCAAUGCAUUGCAAAUCUCUUUUCUCAUGAGCCUUAUCACAUCAAGCACAUAUUGGUGCCUGCGACGGUCACGAAGAAGGAUGGUCUUCAUCGUCAGAGGUCUUUGAAGACUAUUCUGCCUCUGGCCGAUGCGCUUGGCUUGAGCAAACAUAUCGACAUGUGCGAUCGCGACGAUGCCAAGUGCGCGGCAGGCAAGAUUCGGGCAGCGCUAGCCUUGGGUGAUGGCGAUAUUGUGGUCUGCUGGGAGCACAAGAAGCUGUCUGAUAUUGUGCAGGAGCUAGGUGAUACGCACAACAUGAAGUACCCAAAGGACAAGUUCGAUCUGAUUUGGGAUUAUGCUGGCAACAAGCUGGAUCAGGUCCAGUCUAUCAGGAGCCAGAAUUGCUCUGGUCUGGAUGGAUAUCCUUUGUGA